CUCUAUUAUCAUCAACCUAAUGUCAGCAAGUCUGCACUGAAAACCUCCGAGAAAAUUAGUCCACUCAAACAUCACUCCUCCACUCCCGAUUAAUCCAAAAGGAAAUCCAUCAAAAUGGUCUGCAUCAAGAACGUUCUUGCCCUCGCUUCCCUUGCCGCCUUCGUUGCUGCCAUCCCUACUCCAGGAGAUUCCAGUGCGGCGUCUGCUGGCGAGGGCCUCACCAAGCGCAAGUACCUCGUUCAGUAUCCUGAGGAGGAAGCCGAGUCUAAGGAGGGCCUUACCAAGCGUAAAUACUUGGUUCAAUACCCCGAGGAGGAAGCCGAGUCUAAGGAGGACCUCACCAAGCGCAAAUACUUGGUCCAGUACCCCGAGGAGGAAGCCGAAUCAAAGGAAGCCCUUACCAAGCGCAAGUACCUCGUUCAGUAUCCUGAGGAGGAAGCCGAGUCUAAGGAGGGCCUCACCAAGCGUAAAUACUUGGUCCAGUACCCCGAGGAAGAGACCGAAUCUGAGGAGGGCCUCACCAAGCGCAAGUACCUCGUUCAGUACCCCGAGGAGGAGGCCGAGGCUCAGCAGGAAUAAUCCGACCGCCAGUGGCACGAAACAACCAACAUGGCGGGUCUUGGUGGUGUUCCCAUGAACUCUUGAGAUCCGUAGCCUUGUGGUCCAGAUGAAUUUUCUUCGGUGCGCCUCGAAUGAAUCAGAUCGACUAGCUCAUCCCAAUUUGAUGUCAUACUAUACUUUUCA